AUAUGGGAAUGGCUCAAUCCAUAUUGGCUCGUUGCUAUCCAGACGUUAAUUAUUAUCGCUUUUGUUUCUGAGUUGAUCUCGGUCCUGAUUCUUAUCCUUUACUUCCUGCUUUAUGGCCAACCAGCAGCCGAAUCCACAAUUGUUUGUGGCCUGCAGAUUUUCAUCGGACUAUUGUUGUCGAUAUCAUUGAUUGUCUUCGGAGUAAAUUCACAAAAUCGCAAGUGGAUGCAAAGACCAGACCAUAUGUUUCUUUCGUGGUCUUUUGGAUUUUUAAUCUUGGCAACUAUUUCCUCAUUUAUUUCUGCGGCUUUUUUGUGCUGUGUAAGCUAUACUGACAGAGCUGCUCAGAGGGAAGUGGAGCACUACGAAGCGAUUGAGGGUCAGUUUGGGGCUCGGUCUCUAGCUGCUGGCACCUAUCUGACUGGACCACAGCCAUCAGCGCUAUUUACUCGCAGCAUCUUCGGCAGUCAGCCUCGCAUGGUUGGUGGCGUUGUUGUCAGUGUUCCAGCUCCUGGCGAUGAACCCACACAGACCGUUGAAAUUGGUAACACAAACAUCUACUCAGGUAGAGGAUCCACAGGCAAUCAGUUAAGUCCGCUCAGAGAGGAGCCCCUGACAGACGAUGGCACCUUUGGGGAUGGAGACAGUGGAACCUACGCCUCAAGUGGGAACACUAACGCCCAUCAGCCGCCAAGUUGGCGACAACACCCAACCUCUGCAACAUCACCGAACUCAAUGCUUUACGCUUAUCGUAGAGAAUAG